UCUCUCAUAUUUGUAACUUUUUUCCUCGCUGCUUUAAAAAAAAAAAAAAAAAAAUCCCCGUUUUGGGUUAGAGCCUUUCAGCCUGAUCAGGUGCGCCUCUCUCCAUGUAGCCUUUUGUGAACCCAAAAAUCUGUCCCUAUCUCUUUACGGUUUCAGUGCUCUUUAAAGUACGUAUAAUGAGAGAGCAUCUCCCUUCAUCACUCAUUCACUCAUAAUAAUCCUCUCAAACCUCUAGCUACCACUGUGGGAAACACAUCAUGUUGACAAUGGAAGAGGUUCUGCGUGAGCUCGCCGGCCAAGACAUUUACGAGCAAGCUUUGCCGCCGGGCUUUCGCUUCCACCCAACCGACGAAGAACUCAUCACCUUCUACCUCGCUUCCAAGGUUUUCAAUGGCACUUUCUGUGGCGUCGAGAUUGCAGAGGUUGACCUUAACAGAUGUGAGCCUUGGGAGCUUCCAGAUAUGGCAAGGAUGGGGGAGAGAGAGUGGUACUUCUUCAGCUUGAGGGACAGGAAAUACCCAACCGGGUUGAGGACAAACCGGGCAACCGGAGCCGGGUACUGGAAAGCCACUGGCAAAGACAGGGAAGUCUACAGUGCUUCAAGUGGAGCCCUACUUGGGAUGAAGAAGACUCUUGUUUUCUACAAGGGCAGAGCCCCACGUGGCCAGAAGACAAAGUGGGUCAUGCACGAGUACCGCCUUGACGGUGACUUCUCCAACCGCCACACGUGUAAGGAGGAAUGGGUGAUUUGCAGGAUUUUUCACAAAACAGGGGAGAAGAAAAAUGUAGUUGUGCAAGGACAAAGUUAUGGGCAGCGGGAAGUAGCUUCAUCGCCGAGCAGCGGUUCCUUGGGUCCAUUAGAAUGUCAAUUUCAGAGCCCAAUGCAGGGUGUCCAAAAUCCUUUUGCGAUGAGUAGUAACCAGGAAAAUGACAUCAAAAGCCUAUUAUUAAACCCAGCUGUUUCCCAAUCCCACCUAUUCCCAAAAAAUGGGCUGCAACCCUCCUUUUCACCCAUUCCCACGACAAUCACAAGCACCACCAUCGCAACAAACAAAAACACAAACACCAACAACAACCCAUCACCAUCACCAUCGAUGCUCUUUAAGUCCCUGCUCUCACAUCAUCAGGAUUGCAUUCCUAAGGAACAGAUCACUAUUCACAAACAGUGCAAGACAGAGGCGAACUUUUCCCAUUUCCAAGCGCCAGCCGAUGCCAACUUGCAAUGGAUGGAUAGGAUUCACCCAAACCCAACUCAACAAUAUCAUAACCCAUUGCUUUUCGAGAUUGAUUGCGGUUUGUUGGGGCUCUCAGCAUUUGCUUCUGCUCCUCUUGCAGAUGCUGCUGCUGCUGCCAAUGACAUGUCCACUUCAAUUGCUUUCAACAGGGCCGGCUUUUAGCUGAUGUUUGCUCCUCCAGUAUUUCUCGAGAAUCUUGGCCUUUUGAUGUUGAAUUGAUCAUCCAGUUUAACUUUAUCUCUCUCUCUCUCUCUCUCUCUCUAUAUAUAUAUAUAUAUAUAUAUAUAUAUAUAUUAUCAGUUUAAAUAUACAUAUAGUAUAUCUAUAGAAUCUAAUGUGUACGUACUGUUACUAUAAGUGUAGAUCCAUAGACUAUCCAUGCACGCAUCUAUGUAUUAUUGGACUACUCUUUUUGUACCUACUAAAAGACUUGGGAGUUGUAUUUUUUAUUGUCGUACAAAUAUCGCUUUUUCUUUGGGAUCAUCUAUGUAGGUUGGAUAUAUUCGAAGCCCUGUGGGUGUGUGAGGUGGAGGGAAGAAAAAGGAGUGGAGCAGGUUCUGGUUGAUGUGAUGCCCAUGAGAUGGGAUUUGAGGUGUUCAUAUUGUUUGACGUCACCUUUUAUUUCCAAUUGAAAAUGGAAUUGGGUCCCCUCCUCCCAUGCAUGAUAAAGUGGUAGCCAGGGCCUGAGCCCUACGUAACCUAAUAGCCCCUGUUUAGGGAGACAUGCGUAAGAAUGUACACACUGCCUGCUUACGCCUCUCAAGCUGUGGAGACGUCUUCUAUUUUGUUGAGCCCAACGAUUCUACGUGGAUUGAUAUUAAUCUCGAAAACAAACGAGAGAGGUUUUUCACGGAAUUUAUCUGCUCAAACAGAGGGUGAGUUGUUUAAAGACUGCUUGGAUACGUAGGGUCUAUAAAAGUUUUUUUGUCACAUUUCCUGCCCAAAAUCAAAAUUGUUGAAACUUUUUAUUUGUGC